AUGUUGGAUUAUUUCAAAAGAGAGAACUCAGGAGGAGAUGGCUUUGAGAAAUGUGCAGUGUACGAUGGUGCUUCAACCGUGAAUUUUGUUUUCCUGAUCUUAAUUUCAAUUGGGAUCAUAAUUAGUUAUAUUCCACAGUACCGAAGAAUCAUCAUCAAGAGAACUUCGGAAGGAUUAUCAACCAAUUUCUUAUUUUUGGGUUCCUGUUCAUCUAUUUUCACGUUAACCAAUAUCAUUUUAGUCAGUUCCAAGGCUAGACAUUGCUGUGCUAUUGGUGCAUUGGACACAUUUAACUGUAUCAAUUCCCAAUUGAAUUUGUUCCAGAUCGGCAUCCAAUGUACAUGUGCCAUUUUGAUUUUGGUUUUGGUUUUAGUAAUCACCAAACAUUCGAUCAAACAAGAUAAGGCUGAAUAUAAACGUAUUGAAAAUGUGGGGAAAUUGGUGGCGGCACAUGGUAUCAUUUCUCUUUUGCAAAUCACGAUUGGGUUUUCUACUAAUUCAACUGUUCUUUAUACCAUUGCCAAUAUCAAUGGAUUAUUAUCGGCUCUGUUGACGGUGAUUAAAUAUGUUCCACAGAUCUAUACAACAUAUAGACUCAAACAUCCUGGAACUUUAUCUAUCGGAAUGAUGUGUAUUCAGACCCCCGGAGGGUUUAUUUUUACAGCCACAUUAUAUUUUGCGAAAGGAUCGCAUUGGAGCUCAUGGGUCUCAUAUUUGGUUGCAGCUUUGUUGCAAGGAACCUUAUUACUUCUUUGCUUCUACUACGUUUAUUUCCGAGGUACUCUGGACAGUGGCGAAUCUGCUGAAGAGUUAGAAAGAGAAGCUAUAGAAAGAAUAAUCAAUGAAAACAGACACGAAGAGUUGGAACACGAAAGCUCAAAUGAGGAUGACCGCCUUUUAUAG